AUGGGGACCUGGGAGUCAUCCCCUGACAGCGGUCCUAAUGGGAUACCUGGAGAGGCUGACAUGAUUGCCACUCAUUUUGUUGCCAUUGUCCAAGCAGAGGGGGUAUCACUCCAUCCCAACCCUAUUGACUUCUCCAUGCAUGUAGCUGACCCUUACCCUUUACUCCCCAUGCCUGAGACCCUCUCAUCUUAUUUGGCCUGCUUGAACAAUAUACCCCCACUACAAGGAGCAGAAAAUCACUUGCCAAGGCCACAAAAUAAUACCCUCAUUAAAUCCCACCAGUUUGAUGAAUCCAAUUCUGAAGAUGCUUACAUGUGUUUCUGCCAACAAGAUGUCAAGUCAGUUUUAUGGUGUUUAUUUGCAUGCCUAGGUUUUCAGGAUUCAUCUGCCAUGAUAAUGGAUGAAGGCCACAUCCACAACACUGAACUGUAUGCCAAUGCUAACAAGGAGUUUGCUCAAUGGGCACUUAUGGCAGUGCAGCACCAGUAA